CAGUGCAUUGCCUCUCAUUUCUUCUGAUUUCUCUGUGCCCGAUUCCCACAUCUCCUUUGUUCAGGAUGUUUUUCUCUCUUGUUGCCGUAUCUUGCGUUAUAGCCUUGGCUAAUGCAGCAGCCUAUGGGCCAGGAGGUAUGGGAAUGAACGGUGCCAAUGGAAUGAUGAAUGGUGCUAAUGGAAUGAUGAAUGGUGCUAAUGGCAUGAUGAACGGAGCUAAUGGCAUGAUGAACGGAGCUAAUGGCAUGAUGAACGGUGCUAAUGGCAUGAUAAACGGUGCUAAUGGCAUGAUGAACGGAGCUAAUGGCAUGAUGAACGGAGCUAAUGGCAUGAUGAACGGUGCUAAUGGCAUGAUGAACGGCGGUUAUGGAGGAGCUUCAAUGAACAAAAUGAUGAUGAUGAUGCCAGCCAAUGGAGGAAUGAAUUCUAUGAUGAUGCCAGCUAUGGGCAAUAUGAUGAACGGAGGAAUGGGAGGCAACAUGGGCAACAUGGGCAAAAAUAAUAUGAUGAUGCCCAUGGAAAUGAUUAUGAAAGCUGCAAUGGGCGGAAACAUGGGAGGAAACACGAACAGUAUGAACAAUAUGAUGGCUAACAUGAUGGGUGCCGGGAAUAUGGGUGCCAUGGGAGGUCGCUAUUAAGGAUAAGAGAUAUUAUGUAGAUUUAUUUCAUCAUAUGUAAAAGACCCCGAGGAGUUUUACCUGUGUUUGCCUUGUUACAUCUGUAUCACAAAUAAAUUAUUGUCGCUUAAAA